GUUCCUUUAAUAUGUGCGUCGACGGAUUCCUCCUUGUCACUCAGUCUGGUUUUGUGGGCAAAAUAAAAUUCAUCGUCAUAUUUGCCACUCUCAUGUCACAAAUAUUACUCCUCUGCUGGUUUGGCCAGGAGUUGAUUAACAAUAGCUCCAUAAUCAGCGAUGCCGCCUACAAUUGCUCCUGGUACACUUCCACCCACAAGUUCAAGAAAAUGAUUCUUCACCUCAUUCAACAUGGGCAAAAUCCCAAGAUAAUCAUCGCCUUGAAGUACUGGAAAGUUUCUCUGAACACAUUUUCCUCCCUCUUGCGCGCCGCGUGGUCUAUUUCGCUCUUAUCAACACAGUCUUUGGGCACUUGUCCUUCUUGGCUCCUCCCGAGGGAGGACUCCUAACGUGAAUCACUUCUAGAAGCAUGUCUUAAUACUACAGAUCUUCAAUUUACGCACUUUAAGCGCUCAAUGUUACCUAUUAAUUUAGAGGCAGCAUUAUAAUUAAAUCACG